ACAGUUGAUUCUAACUCCAGUAGCAUUAGAUCGGUCUUUGGAUCGCGCGUCGCGAUUCGAACGUCGCACCCGACGCCAGGCGGAGUUAGCGCGGCGGAUGGCCGAGAACCCUCCUGCACGCCACGACCGUGACGUCCGCGCCGCGGUACCCGAGGCGGGUCCUGCAGAGGCCCACAAUCGCCUUGGCGGAGCCGCCAUCCGCCGGGGCAACGCCCAGUACAUCUUCCGUCCCAACCAACCACCCGAGGUCCGCUACCCAGAGCGCGACGGCGGCCGUCCUCGCGGCGAUGAGGAGGGAGCUCUUCCCUUGCCUCCUGGACUCGAUCGGCUGUUUGGGGGUAUGCGCCGCAACCCUGCGAUCAUCCGCAACCUGCUGACCGGCGCCUUCUACCUCGGCGGAGCCGGGCCCGCUCUGCAGCUGGAUGCGAAAGCCAUCCUCGAGACCGUCAAGGCCGAGACGCCAGCCGCCUCCGCCGACGGCUUCACGCACACUUGGGACCCCGAGGACCUUGCGAAAGAAGUCGAGGAGAAGGAGAAGCGCGCCGUAGUCGUCGAGCUCGACGAGCGCGGCCGCAUUGUGCCCGACAAACGCAAGCAGCGCGGACAAGUCUACCUUGCCUGCUGCGCGUGCCCCGAGCCGCUGCGCGUCGGGAGUGCGAACCGCUCCCCGGACGACAGGGUGUGGGCGCUGCGCUGCGGACACGUCCUCGACCAGCGGUGCUACAAGCUCUUCUCGGAGCCCGCGGGCGCGCCUCCCAUCCCCGUGUUGGAUGCACCGCCGGCCAAGCGCCGGCGGUCGGGGCGCACGACGCGCGCACGCGCAGGCAAGGUGCAGCACCAGUGGGCGUGCCCCGUCAAAGGGUGUGGGUUCACGCACGUGAGCGAGAUGGUGGACGAUGUCUGGGCGCCGCUCGAGGGCCUGGGCGGCAUGCAGCUGUAUGUGUAGCUAGUUGUAGUGUAUAUUUUAUGUGCAUAUCCUGUGAUGGUGCGG